CAGCAGUAGUCGAAGUUGUAGCGAAGUCUUGGAGCACCGAGUUCCAGAAGUCCUACUAGUCGCUACCAACUACUAGCCCAACUCCAAGUAACCCUCCAAUCAGAGCAAGAUGCGCCUGUUCGUGAUAGGCCUGUUGGCCCUGGGCUCCGUUGGAGCUUUCUCGGUGGUGCGAACCCUUCCGCAGCCGCAUCCCCAGCUGGUGGCCUACUCCCCGGCCCGAGGAGAGUUCCCGGUGGUGAGUGGUCUGGCCCAGGGCUACGUGCGCUACUACGACGGCACGGGAGCAGAGCGACUGCUGGCGUACAACUACCCGGAACCUCUUAACGGAAUUCGCGACUUGGCCACCUCCACUUUGACCCGAGCUGGAUUCGAGCAUGAGAGCCAGGACAUUGCUCUGUUCCGGGCAUGGUGUGAGCAGCGCUAUCAGGUCUUGCGCCAGGAAUUGGAUCGUUUAAGGGCCCAGGGACAGAAGCCGUCCUCCAGCAUGCUAGCCCAGUUCGAGCCCCUGGAGCAGAUUGUCAAGUUCGCCGCCUUCGAAGCCGUUCCUGGACUGAGUCCGGAAGUACAAAAGGCUCGGGACGAACAGCUGCGCAUCUGGAACGAGGCCAGGCUGGAGGUUCUGCGUGCCGAGCAGGCUCAGCAGCUGCAAACAAAAGCCCAAGAGAUUCCGGUGAUCUACGGCCAGCCGGAGCAGUCGAUCCUGGUUAAGACCUCCACCCCACAGGUGGCUAAGCCCAUUGAAACUCCUCAGACCCACUCCUACGGACAGUUCACCGCCACCCAGGGCAACUUGCUGAUCAAGACGGCACCACAGCCGGCCCUUCAACCUGUCGAGGAGACCCUAGAGGUGAAACUGGCUCGCCAGGAGCACCUCAAGCAGUUCAAUGCGGCCUUGCUGCGCCAACCGGCUCCGGAAACCCCAAUUGUAAAGACAGUCCCCGUGACUCAAACGCUCAUCAAGACACAAACUGGUACCUUUGAGGGUCAGCAAGCUCCGCAACCCAUUGAGGAAACCCCCGAAGUGAAGCGAGCUCGUGAGGAGCAUCUUAAGCAGUUCAACGAGGCCCUACUGCGACAGCCCGCCCCGGAAACCCCGAUUCUGAAGACCACUCCUGGAAUCCAGCAGCCGCAAGCCAUUCAGCCCCAGCCAAUUAUCAAGACAGUGACCACCUUCGAAAACCAGCCGAUUGCUCCACCUCAACCCAUCUUUAAGACCAGCUCCUUCGAGGGUCAGCAGGCUCCGCAGCCGAUUGAAGAAACCCCGGAAGUCAAGAAAGCCCGCGAGGAGCACCUCAAGCAGUUCAACGAGGCGCUGCUGCGUCAGCCCACGACCCCCGAGGAGCACCUUCUGAAGAUAACGCCAACCCGCUCCCAGGCCAUUUCCUUUGAGGGUCAGCUGGCCCCGCAGCCCAUUGAGGAAACUCCUGAGGUGAAGCGGGCUCGAGAGGAGCAUCUUAAGCAGUUCAACGAAGCCAUUCUGCGUCAGCCCAUCGACAUUCAGCAACAGCCACUUAUCCCCACCGCUCCCAUUGCGCCCUUCGCCCCCCAGGCCAUUGUUAAGACCACCUUUAUCCAGGUGCCAGGACCUCAGCCCAUCCAGGAAACCCCUGAGGUCAAGCUGGCCCGUGAGCAGCAUCUGCUGCUUCUAAACCAGGCCAAGUUACAGGCCGAGGACAAGGUGGCCGACAUUUCCGACAUGAUCCUCCUGGAGGAGCGAGAGCGCGAGAACGAGCGCCUGAUGGAGCUGGAGCAGCGCAAGAGGGAGGAGAAGGAGGCCGAGCUGGAGCGCCAAAUGGAAGCGGAUCGUCUUCGCGAGGAAACCCGUCUGCUGGAAGCCGAGCGUCUCAAGAUCGAGCAGGAGGAUCGCCUGCGGCUGGAAAGCGAACGCCUAGCCGAGAAGCAGGAAAUCAGCACCACCUAUGAGACGAGCAUCCCGGAGUACCUGCGCAAGGCUGAGCAGUUCAAGAUUAUCUCCAGCCAGGCCCAGUCGCAGCCCCAGUCUCAGCCCCAAUCCAACAUCGUUACCCAGCAGCAGCAGGUGCAGAACGGCUUCUUCCUCCGCAUUCAGACCAACCAGCCCAGUAGCAUCGAGACCGGUGAAGCACCCAUCAGCAACCCGGCUUUAGUGUUUGCCGGAAAGACUCCGAAUCCCUUCCUGGUUCGCUACACCUCUGAGCCACAGGUACUGCAGCCUCUGCCCUUGCCCAUCCUUACCAAGCUGAAGCAGGACGUGUCCACCGCCUCUGCUACCGCCUCCACCACCGGUACCAGCUUGACUUCAGAGAGCGAUCUGGAUAAGGCCACCAGGGAGCAUUUCCGAGCCCACGAGAUCGCCCUGGAGCAGCUGCGCCUGGCCAACCUAAAGAACCCAUGGAACCCCGAACCCUGCCAGCAUUAAGAAA